CGGGGUGUUGUCGGAGCUGAGAUGGCUGCCCGCUGUUGUGCGAAGAACCGAGCCUCCGGUCCCUCUCACCUCCCGGCCUCUUGACGCCACCUGUGGGUGGGGUCCCGCGGGCCCUCUCCACCGCUGUCAUGUACCCACCGGCGCCGCCGGCGCCGCACCGGGACUUCAUUUCGGUGACGCUGAGCCUUGGCCAGAGCGACGACGGCAGCAAAACCCAGCGGCGCCGCUCGUGCUGGCGGAAAUGGAAGCAGCUGUCGAGAUUGCAGCGGAAUGUGAUUCUCUUCAUCCUGGCGUUUCUGAUGCUCUGUGGGCUGCUGUCCUACAUCAGCGUGGCUGACCAGUCGAAAGCCCCGAGUGGCAGGUCGGCAGGAGAGCAGAGAGCGAGGCCAGCAAACCUGCCCAUCUUGCCAGCCCCUCAGAAGGCAGACGCCGACCCAGGGGACGGCCCUGUGCGGCCCCCCCAGAAGCCUCAGAGGCACGCCCGGCGGGGCCCCCCCAACCUGCAGAUCAGAGCCCCCGAUAAAGACUCGCAGGGCAGGAGGCAGGACGGCUCCAGGAGGAGGGAGGCGGCGGCGGACGAGGCGCACCAGCAGCAGAACCCGCCCAGGACGGUCGUCAGCUGGCGGGGGUCCGUGAUAGAGCCGGAGCAGGGCACCGAGCUCCCGUCCAGGAGGGCAGAGGCUCCCAGCAGGCCCUCCUCGUGGGGCCCCCGGAUUCUGAAGCACAUGGCCUCCCCCAACGAGCGCCAGAAGGCUGUGAUCGACGCCUUCCGCCAUGCGUGGGCCGGGUACCGCAAGUUCGCCUGGGGCCACGACGAGCUGAAGCCUGUGUCCAGGUCCUUCAGCGAGUGGUUCGGCCUCGGCCUCACGCUCAUCGACUCCCUGGACACCCUGUGGAUCCUGGGCCUGAAGAAAGAGUUCGGAGAGGCCAGGAGGUGGGUGUCUCGGAAGCUGCAGUUCCAGAAGGACGUGGACGUGAACCUGUUUGAGAGCACCAUCCGCAUCCUGGGGGGGCUUCUGAGCGCCUACCACCUGUCUGGGGACCCACUGUUCCUGCAGAGAGCUGAGGACUUCGGGAACCGGCUGAUGCCCGCCUUCCAGACGCCCUCCAAGAUCCCCUACUCGGACGUGAACAUCGGCACCGGCGUGGCCCACCCGCCCUGGUGGACGUCGGACAGCACGGUGGCCGAGGUGACCAGCAUCCAGCUGGAGUUCCGGGAGCUCUCGCGCCUCACGGGAGUCCGGAAGUUCCAGGAGGCCGCGGAGGAGGUGACCCGGCGCGUCCACUCCCUGUCGGGCAAGAAGGACGGGCUGGUGCCCAUGUUCAUCAACACGCACAGCGGCCUCUUCACCCACAUGGGCGUGUUCACCCUGGGCGCCCGGGCCGACAGCUACUACGAGUACCUGCUCAAGCAGUGGAUCCAGGGCGGGAAGCAGGACGCGCGGCUGCUGGAGGACUACCUGGAGGCCGUCGAGGGAAUCAAGAGGCACCUCCUGCGCAGGUCCGAGCCCAGCAAGCUCGCUUUCGUGGGCGAGCUCGCCCACGGCCGCUUCAGCGCCAAGAUGGACCACCUGGUGUGUUUCCUGCCAGGAACACUGGCCCUGGGAGCCCACCACGGCCUGCCCGCUGACCACAUGGCCCUGGCCCGGGAGCUCAUGGACACCUGCUACCAGAUGAACAGGCAGAUGGAGACGGGGCUGAGCCCCGAGAUCGCGCACUUCAACCUGCACGCACAGGAGGGCCAGAAGGACGUGCAGGUCAAGCCGGCCGACAGGCACAACCUGCUGCGCCCGGAGACGGUGGAGAGCCUCUUCUACCUGCACCGCCUCACGGGGGAGCGCAAGUACCAGGACUGGGGCUGGGAGAUCCUCCAGAGCUUCAACACCUACACGCGGGUCGCCUCUGGGGGCUACUCCUCCAUCAGCAACGUCCAGGACCCCCGCAACCCCCAGCCCAGGGACAAGAUGGAGAGCUUUUUCCUGGGAGAGACGCUCAAGUACCUGUACCUGCUCUUCUCUGACGACCCCGACCUGCUCAGCCUGGACGCCUACGUGUUCAACACCGAGGCCCACCCCCUGCCCAUCUGGGCCCCCGUUUAGGGCGCGGCUGCUAUGUGGGUGCCGCCCUGCGGCUGGCACUGCCUACACACCAGGGUGCCUGCCUGUAGGACCCUGGCCCUGGAGGUCCUCCCUUCUCAGGCCUGGGCCGUGUGGUGCCUGCCAGCCGGCUGGACGUGCCCUGGGCCCGGCUGGUGACAGGCCAGGAGGCAGCUGGGCCACAAGGUCUCUGGCUUCGGGAGGUGCUCUGCCCCAGUGUGGGCCUCUUGUCUGUGGUUCCGUGGGGACGCCAUUAGGAGGGAGAACCCAGUGUUGGGGUUCAGGGGGAUCCAGUCCCUCAGUGCCCCCUCCUUCUGGAGAAACUACAAAUGGAGAGUUACAUUCCUAUAGCUCUACCGUCCUGUCGGCUGGUUCCCGGGCCUCGUGGAGGUCCUGGGCCCCCUGCGCUGUGUGCAGAGGCAGGAGCGACAGGACACGGGUGCAGCUCUGCCUCGGGGUCCUGGCGGGUGACCCUGUGCCGACCCAAGGUCCUGGGAGGCGUCUGUGACCCCGCUGGGCCGGGGCUUCUGGCUGGCUGUGCCAUGUGUGAGAUGGACUCAGGGAUCCCUCAGGGUCUGGAGGGUGGGUGCCAAGUGCCCCUGCUCCCAGACUACCUGGCGGAGUGGCCUUCCGUCGGGAUAAAGCCAAUCCUCUCUGA